CAACAAAUUGUGAUAACUCUACUUACUGCUGCAGAAUAUAUAAUAUGUUUAAAGCAAUGUAGAGACAAAUUUAGCUCUGUCAUUCCGAGUAAUUCUUCUGUGACUACUUGCUUCAAUAAGCAGUGCAUUCUGCAAGUGCAACAUGACGUCAAAUGGGCAAGUAGGAGAUGCAUCUUGUCAACAAAAUAAUUCACACAAACCACCAAGCUAUGUUAGAGUUGGUUGUUAUGAAAUUGAACGCACGAUUGGAAAAGGCAACUUUGCUGUCGUCAAACUUGCAACUCACAUUCAGACAAAAGCUAAGGUUGCCAUUAAAAUUGUGGAUAAAACUCAACUUGAUAAAGAAAACUUGAAGAAAAUCUACAGAGAAAUCGAAAUAAUGAAGGAGUUAAGACAUCCACAUAUUAUAAAGUUAUAUCAAGUGAUGCAGACGGAAAACAAGUUGUUUCUUGUCACUGAAUAUGCAAGCAGCGGUGAAAUCUUUGAUCACCUUGUGGCACAUGGGCGCAUGGCGGAGCGUGAAGCAAGGAUUAAAUUCAAACAGAUUGUUGCUGCUGUCUACUACUGUCACUCUCGUCACGUAGUUCACAGAGAUCUAAAAGCGGAAAACCUCCUUCUCGAUGCAGGAAAAAAUAUUAAAAUUGCUGAUUUUGGCUUUGCGAAUUACUAUAAAGGAGAAGAUCUGCUGAAAACCUGGUGUGGUAGUCCCCCAUAUGCUGCUCCUGAACUCUUUGAAGGCAAAGAAUACAUUGGGCCUAAAGUAGACGUUUGGAGCCUGGGUGUCGUGUUGUACGUUCUAGUUUGCGGUUCUUUGCCCUUCGAUGAUUCGACCUUGCAAGCACUAAGACAGCGAGUUCUAAGCGGAAAAUUUCGGAUUCCCUUCUAUAUGUCAUCAGACUGUGAGCAUUUAGUUCGUAACAUGUUAUUAAUCAAUCCAUCAAGAAGAUAUUCCAUGAAACAAAUCUGUUCACAUCGCUGGAUGAAAACAACUGAAAGAGAUGAAACAUUUGAACGUUUUGUCCAGGAAUGCAGCAACACCCAGAAACAGAAUGAGCAGGAACCAUUAAAUGAAUUUGUUUUGAAUGAAAUGGUAUCAUCUGGUGUUGACAAAGAUCGUGUGAUUAACUCAAUAAUGAACAAGGAGUACGACAACUACAGUGCGUGCUACUACAUUCAACUGGAGAAGUGGCGAAAGCACGCAGCAGCCAAAGCUUCAUUGAUAGCUCACUCACAUGCCAACAAUAACUCGGUAGAGAUAACCAACUCUUCAUACCACCCCCACAACCACACACCCCAACCCCACAUACUGGGUUACCCCUUUGCCCCGGGUUCAGCCACGAUGGGGUUAAAACCAUCCAUGUUACCCCCACCACGCAUGCCCACCUUAAACAUGAUGCAAACACCUCCAAGUCUUAAAGUAACUGAAGCACCUUGCAUGGAAACUGGAAUUCCUGAAGUUGUAAUUCAUCCUACCAUUGCAAUGGAUACAACAAGGAACAAGCUACAAUUAAACGUACCUCACUUACAACUUGUUAAUGAAAACAACCAAGUUAUUAUUACUAAGGAAGGAGAAGUUCCUUCUGAUGAAUCUGAUGCCGAGGAGCCGUCACCGGAGGCCCUCGCUCGUUAUCGAUCCAUGAGAAGACACACAGUGGGAGUAUCGGACCCAAGACCUGAGCUUGCAGUACAUACAAGUGGUUACGUUGACGACCAAGCCAGCACCGAUGAAUCUGCCAACGUUGGUCUUUUACAACGAGCACCUAACUUUCCCCAUGUACUCACCAACCCCAACCUACCCCCAACACAACUUAAUAAUCCAUUCAUGCACUUGCAGACAUUACAAUAUAAAGAGCAAGGUCUUCUCAAGCCUCCGGCUCUCCAACUUACCUCCCAUGAUCCGAUGGGAAGAAGAGCCUCGGAUGGAGGAGCCAACAUCCACCUCUUCCUACAGGAUCGAAAGAAGCUCGCAUCCGCUAGAGGGCAGUCUCAGUUAGCUCGACAGAACCAGACUAUGUCACCACAUAUGCUGCAUGAGAGUGACGAGUUAAAUGGAAGCCUCACGGUUCCUGCCACGAAAACUGAUGAAGAUUCAGAAGAGGAACCUGAUCAAGAAGCUGUGAGAAGAUACAUGGCUGCACGUGGAGGAGGUAAGAGACACACCAUCCCUGUUAUGGACAUCACUGAUGUAGAGGAGGUUAUUAAAGCUCCCCAGCAUCCCAACCCAUCCCACAUUAUGAGCAACCACAUACGUACCAGAGCUAAUAGACGACCAGGACUUCUCUUCCCACCAGAAUUAGAUCAGAUGCAAUCCAAGCAACCUUACCAAUCCAUGGAUAGAUACCGACGCAGAGCAUCAGAUGGUUCAGCAAGCUUACUUGCGUUUAAAGCUCAACUUGAAGCAAGUAGAUUGCUACAAUUCGACAGUGUUAAACAGGAACACCAGCAACUUACCCAACAAUAUUUGGCCGGACAAAAUGACACAACGUAUCUCUACCAACAACGCCAUGCAAGGGAUUUGCAUGGGAUGAGGCAACGUCAUCUGAUCCACCAGAAAGUUUUAUCACCCCAAGCUUCCCCUCCUAUUCCAUCAAGCCCCAACACCCAACAUAAUACUGAAUCACAUCAUCAAUUGUUACAUCAUUUACAAAGGCUCCAACUGCAGCAAACACAAGGCAGUCCACCUCCACAACUUGUAGGCCACCCUCAGUGUUCACUUGGUGGGAGACCAGUGUAUAGUCCAACCAAUGUACCUAACACACACCAUGCAUUGAUACGACAAUCUAGCGAUGGAACAGCUCAACAAAGAAGAAUCCAACAAGCCCAGUUAUCCAUGAAUGUUCAACAAUCUCUUAAUACUGAAAGCUUGCCUCACACAACAGAAGCAAUAUUAUGUCACAGCGAAAACAAUAUUAUGUCAUCACAUCAUCCUGUUAAUAGCAACCUUACCAAGGAAUGCCAGCAAUCGGAUGAGGUUGCCCAGCAAAGCCAGAUGGUGUUACAACAACAGAUUGCUUCACAAACCAUGGUUAACCCAUCACCUUACAUGUCUUCUGUACAAGGAAUGAAGAUAGGAGAGAACCCUGUCACCCUACCCAUGUAUAUGUCCCCAUAUACUUACACUGAGUACCCGCCACAUGCAUAUGAUAGUCCACACCAGGGUAAUACAAACAAUAACAACCUGCAUACAGUAAACCAGGGAGUAGAGACAAGCGAAACUAACUUCCAAGAAGAAGUAGAACUCGCUGCUGGAAACAACCAGGAAGUAGAUUUAGAAAUGGAUGAAGUCCAAUACACAGAAGCAGACACUGAACCCCGGUAUCUUGCUACACAUUUCAAUCCACUCCACUUUGCCAGCCCACUAAGCACCACUCAGGCUUCAGGUGCAUUUCACAACACAGACUUUUCCGCGGCUCCGACCUUUGGCUUCGAUAUGAGUGCCACGGCUUCUGCUGCAAGCCACAUACCGAAGUCAUACCUUGCCCGAAGGUCGCAAAACAACGUCCAAUCUCUGAGUGGCCGCUCACCUCGUUAUAACAACUGGUACAAACCCAACCAUACUUACCUCCCUUCUGUUGGUGAAGAGGAUUGCCGAUCUUCUUUAAACCAAGAAGAGAACACCCACCCACCCCUCAACCACCAACGCUCCCUCUCCCCUGGUGAGGUGUUCACAUGCGACACACGAAUCCCCAAACCCCCCCACCCCCCCAUAGACCAUGACCCCUACACCAGUGUUACAAACUCCCACCUUCCUUACAGUAUUGUGCCCACAGUGGCAAUGGACGCUAUAGACACCGGUUUCUCCACAGUUUCAACGAUGACAAUGACUUCUUCGUCAUCUGCAGAGACGUUACCCACGCCCAUGCCACACCCACAGCCCCGUAGUUCACCCUUUAAUGAGAAAGAAAUGCUUGCCCCCCAAUUCUUGUCGAGCGUCAAUCUUUCCGUAGCCAUGCCAACCGUCGACAUAUUAUGCGAGAUACAACGUACUUUACAAACGAGGUCACGCUCUAUCGACUACAAGCAAGAAUCCGAGUUGAAAUUUGCGCUUCGGAAAAGUAACGUGUGUCUUGAGAUGGAGGUAUUUGAAGGUAUUCAACAAAACUGUUUAAAAAUACGAAAGCUCGCCGGUGAUAACUUGGAAUAUAACCAACUGUGUCGAGAAUUGUUAUCAGGCAUGAAGUUAUGACAAACAAUGCCGUGAAUUUCCUUCUGCUUCUCACGCUGCUACAAACAAUGGCAGUUAUACUGUACUUGAUUACACAGACCAAGACAUAGAUAGUCUUGAGUAGAAGUGAAGAUUUGCCAACUUAAAUAGUUCCAGCCACACCUUUUCAGUAUUUUACCAGAUUUUAAAAGUUUUAAUUGUAUUUUAUAAUUUCGAAAACUUUAUUUUUUUCUCAAAUUGGUUUUAAUAGGCAAUUCUGAACCUGUUGGUCAUGGAAUGUCAUUAUUUCAAAUCUUUUACCGUUGUUUAGUCCGCCUAUGAGAUUUUCCAUGACCGCCACCCUACACACAAGCUUUGUAAUGCUUUGUACAUGUUUCAUGGUCAAAUAUGAAGAUUCACCUUUUACUGUACAACAACUAAGCUGCACGAUCUACAUACCUGCUUUGACUAUUUUGUGUGUCCUUACAUUUACAAUGGCUGCCCUAAAACCUGGUCUGCUUGGUUUAUUUUACUCCAUAUUUUCUUCUAUUGAACUAAAUGGUGUUUUCAGUUUCUCUUUUUUUCGCAAGAGUUUAUUCGAGUUCUGUUGUUCUGUAAGAGUUUUAAAUGUCAGCUGUUAUUCAUACCUGUUCACAAAAGUCUUAAAACCAGAAGAAAAUUUGGCUUGUAAUCCAGAAAAAAAGGACAUUUUGAAGCUGAAGUUAUAAAACAUUGAAAGUACAUGUGUUUGCUUUUGUAAGAAAUCUGCACGACUUUAAUGCUGUGCGUGAAAAUGUUGCAACUGACCUACAAUUGGAGAUGUAAAUAUUUCCUGGCAUGCCAUACGUUAAGAACUUCAUUCACUACUAUUAAAAAUUAAAUCCGACACAUUGAAGUCAUUGUGAAACCAUACACUUGGGCUACAAAGCUUCUGCUGUAACACCCCUCAGUGUGUGUAGUUUGCUUUUGCACAUUUUGUAACAGGAGUUCUUGCAUUUCGUUGGGUUAAAUUUCAUCGUGAAUUAUUGUUCCCAGCAUUUUUAGUCUGUCCGUAUUCUAACCUUAAUAAAUCAAAAUCUUUAUUUGUA